AUGGCACCAACGCCAGUGACCAUCAUAACCGGUUUCCUAGGAAGUGGCAAGACAACAUUGAUUCUGAAUUUAAUUCCCCAGCUACCGAAGACAUACAAACUCGCACUUCUCAAAAAUGAAUUCGGGGACCUCGCUGUUGACUCCCAACUAGCUGGAUCAGCAUCGAUAUCUGGUGUGCGAGAGCUACUCAACGGAUGUAUCUGUUGUAACCUAGUUGGCCAACUGGGCGACGCACUUUUCCAACUCCGCGAGUCGGUCGAUCCCAGUAGAAUUAUCAUCGAAACGUCCGGGUCUGCGUUCCCCGCCACGCUGGCCAUGGAAGUGAACCGUGUGGCGAGGGAAAAUCCUGGGACUUUCACGCUCGAUGGCGUCAUCAGUGUCAUCGACGUUGAGAACUGGAAGGGCUAUGAUGAUACGAGCGUCACGGCAAAGAUGCAAGCCAAGUAUACCGAUCUGGUGGUCUUCAAUAAGUGGGAAUUGGUUGAUGAAAGGAAGUUUGAGGAUGCACUGGAUAGAUUAGGUGAUCUGGAGGUGCAAGUCGCUUGGGUGAAGAGUCAGAAGGGCUGGGUUGAUGUCGAGGUGGUCAUGGGCAUUGACGGGGCCAUGGUACGGGCGCAGGGUUUGAGAGGUGCGAUUGAGAUCAACGAAGAGCACGGCAAAGAGCACGACCACCCGCACACGCAAAAUGAUCAUGAUGACCAUCAUGAUGACCACCAUCAAGAUGAGGUUGAAGUCCUGAGCGUGGUACUUCAUAACGCAGACACGUCUAAAGCGCCGCAAGGCGUCGUCCUAGAGUCCUUUGAGGAUCUGCUUCUUGGCGCACCAAAGGACGAGGUCUACCGCAUCAAGGGUCUCAUCUUGUCAUCCAGACCUCCACCGGAUUCGACGGGGGACAGCAAACCGAGCAUUGCCGUAGAUUCUGAAGGCCAGAGUCUCUAUGUUCUGAAUUGGGCAUUCGGUCGAUGGACAUACACCCCUCUACCAGGGACAGCGUUCAAAGCAAUGGAACAAGCAAGUGCACGACUCACAUUUAUUCUGGCUCGAGGUGAAUCGAAUAAAUGGAUCAGACGGUUGGAGCGUGGUGAUUUCAUGGCGCUCGAGGGCGAAGGGGGUAAGGAAGAAAAGGCAAUACUGAAGGUUGAGAAAAUAGGUUGA